GAGGAGCAGCCCGCGAAAGGUGGUGGGAACCGAAGUGGCAAAGGCGCCACGGCUGGCAAGAAGGGCGGCAAAGGCGCCACUGCUGGCAAGAAGAAGGGCGGCAAAGGCGCCAAAAAGAGCGGUGCAGCCAGCGGCUCGAGUGCGAAGCCGAAGACCGCCAUGAAGAAGAAGAAGGACAAGCAUGGGGGCCGCACUCAGCUCGAGCGGGAAGCAAUUCGCUCGACGCUGCUGGCCAAGGUGAAGAGUGUCCAGGCGACGUUGGACAGUCAGGUUCGGGAGAACGUCGCCUUGGAGGAGAAGGUCAAGGAGGUGGUGGUGACCGUGGACAAGCAGAAGGAUGAGAUCAAGGACUCGUGGGCUCUAGUGAACGGUAUCCCUGAGCUCUUGUCGUGCACGGUUGGCUCCGAAACUCCACUGCUUCAGGACUUGAAGCAGCAGCUGAGCAUCCAGAAGAGUAUCGCGGCAGGCGCCAAUGGGCGCCAGAAGGAGCUGGAGCAGCGGUACCAGGAGCACACCCCUUUGCUAUCUUCUGUUGUUCUUCUGCUAUUCUCGGGGAAGUUUGUACAGGACAACAUGAAAGCCUGGGUCACCAUGAAGAAGGCCAAGCCGCUGUCGUGA